AUGCCGAGAGAGACUGAUCUAGAGCAACUUUCGAGGCAGCUCGCAGAGGUGGAAGAUAAGGCAAGGACAUAUGAGAAGGGUAGAAGAAAUGCAUCUAGUUUGAGAGAUGAUAAGGAAAGACUCAAAUAUUUACUUGAAAAUACUGAAGAACAACUAAAACUUAGGGAAAGUUUCUUCCAAAGUGUAAAGAGAGUUAUUUCCCGUUUACAAAAAGAAUCUGAACAAAAUCAAAUUACUGCUUAUGAAUGGGAUAGACGACAAGAAUCCCUUGUAGAUGAAGUUUCAACUACAAAAGAUUCAAUUCAUCAACGAGCAUUGAGUAAGAAAGAAGCAGAAAUUGAAAACCAAAGGAAAUUAAUUAAAGUCUUACAACGAGACAUAGAUAAACUAAGUACAGUUAAGGAUAUGGAAAAGGAUAAUAAAGAUUUAAAUGAAUAUAUUAAAGUAUUAUUGAAGGAAAAGAAGUCAUUAAUAAAUGAAAAUAAGUUAUUAACAAAUGAAAAUAAGAAAUUGAAACAAACGAUUGACAAAGGGAUUAAAGAAAAGAAGUCUAGAAAUAAAAUUUUGGACGAUGGUGAGGCAAAUAAUCGAUUGGAGCAUGAAGUUGUAUUACUUCGUGAAGAGUUGCAAAAAUCAUUUGAAAAAGUUCAACAAACAAUCACAGGUCGAGAAACUGAAUCUGGGUUAAGAAAUGAAGCAAAAAAUGCAUAUAGAAGUGCACAAAUGCUUGUUGAAGAGAAUGGCAAAUUACAUGAAAGAAUAUCUUUAUUAGAAAAGGAAAUUAAAGAGGUUACAUCAGAAUUAAAUACAACUCGUCUUGAUCUUCAAAGUUCAGAAGUUAAUACAAGCGCACAUAUAGAAACUGCCAAUACUUCAAUUUUAAUCAGUAAAGAAGAUUUUGAGCAGGCUCAAUUCACAAACAGUGAACUUCAAGACAAAAUAACCCAAUUGAAUGAAAUCCUACAAGAAUUGAGAGCGUCUCAACAACAUCCUAACUCUGCGAUGAAAAAGUAUAAAGCUCUUUAUGCUAAAAGACAUGAAAAUCGGAUAAAGAAAAUCAAAGAAAAAUAUCAAGAAGAAAUAAAACAAUUGGAAACCCUUGUAAAUGAAGUUUCAUUAAAAUAUGUCGAAUCUGAACAAAUGGUGCAUCAAUUAUGGAUGAAAGACAACGAAAAUCAAAAGUUAUUACAAUUGAAGGAAGAAGUUAUCGCCUUAGAUCAAGAAUUAUUAUCUGCUUACACGAAAACUAAUGAAACUUGA